AUGGCAUCUAGCACCUCACUGACUAGUACAGAAAUGGUAACUGAAGCUUCUACUUACCUGUUUCAUGCCACCCAACAAAGAGCUUAUUUCAGGAAUGUAAGCAUUUUAAUUCCAAUGACCUGGAAGUCAAAAUCUGAGUACUUAAUGCCAAAACAAGAAUCAUAUGACCAGGCAGAUGUCAUAAUUGCUAAUCCUUAUCUGAAAUAUGGAGAUGAUCCCUAUACACUUCAAUAUGGACAAUGUGGAGAAAAAGGACAAUAUAUACAUUUUACCCCAAACUUCUUGUUGACUAAUAAUUUGCCUAUGUAUGGGCCUCGAGGCAGAGUAUUUGUUCAUGAGUGGGCCCAUCUCCGGUGGGGAGUAUUUGAUGAGUAUAACAUGGACCGGCCAUUCUAUAUUUCCGGAAAGAACACUAUUGAAGCAACAAGAUGUUCCACUCAUAUUACUGGUACUAAUGUGGUUUUCAAGGAAUGCAGUGGGGGCAGCUGUAUAACAAGGCCAUGCCGACGUGACUCACAGACAGGGCUGUAUGAAGCAAAAUGUACAUUUAUCCCAGACAAGUCCCAGACUGCAAAGGAAUCCAUAAUGUUUAUGCAAAAUCUAGAUUCUGUAAGUAACUUCUAUCUCAAGAUUCUCAAGAGUUUACCUGAAAGGAUUAGAAGUGAUAAUAUUCAAGCUUUGAAAACGUACAAGACCACUGUAAUUACCCAGAGUAACCAGAGUACUUCCGGUUCUGAAAUCAUAUUACUAACAGAUGGGGAAGACAGUCAAAUAAGCUCAUGCUUUGAGGAGGUAAAACAAAGUGGUGCAAUCAUCCACACCAUUGCUCUGGGACCUUCUGCUGCCAAAGAACUAGAGACUCUGUCAAAUAUGACAGGAGGACAUCAGUUUUUUGCCAAUAAAGACAUAAAUGGCCUUAUUGAUGCUUUCAGCAGAAUUUCAUCUAGAAGCGGCAACAUCUCUCAGCAAGCUCUUCAGUUGGAAAGUAGAUCCUUGAAUAUUACAGGGAAGAAAUGGAUAAAUGGUACAGUGCCUGUGGAUAAUACAGUUGGAAAUGACACUUUCUUUGUUGUCACAUGGACAAUACGAAAGCCAGAAAUUCUUCUUCAAGAUCCAAAAGGAAAAAAGUAUGAUACCUCAGAUUUUGAAGAAGAUAAACUAAAUAUUCGAUCUGCCCGUCUUCAGAUACCAGGUAUCGCAGAGACAGGCACUUGGAUUUACAGCCUUCUAAAUAAGCAUGCCAAAUCUCAAUUGCUAACAGUGACAAUGACCACUCGAGCAAGAAGCCCUGUCACAGUCCCAGUGAUUACGACUGCUCAUAUGAGUCAAAAUACAGCUCAUUACCCUAGCCCAAUGAUUGUUUAUGCACGAGUCAGUCAAGGAUUUUUGCCUGUUCUGGGAAUCAGUGUAACAGCCAUUAUAGAAACUGAAGAUGGACAUCAAGUAACAUUGGAGCUCUGGGACAAUGGUGCAGGUGCUGAUACUGUCAAGAAUGAUGGCAUCUACUCAAGGUAUUUUACAGAGUACCAUGGAAAUGGUAGAUACAGUUUAAAAGUACAUGCUCAGGCAAGGAAAAACGCAGCUAGGCUAAGUUUAAGACAACGACAGAACAAAGCUCUGUAUAUACCAGGCUAUGUUGAAAAUGGUAAAAUUAUACUGAACCCACCCAGACCUGAAGUCAAAGAUGACAUGGCGGAAGCUCAAGUAGACUACUUCAGUAGAGUAAGCUCUGGAGGGUCAUUUACUGUAUCAGGAGCACCUCCUAAUGGUAAUCAUACUCAUAUGUUCCCACCUAGCAAAAUUAGAGACCUUGAGGCUAAGUUUAAAAGCGAUCAUAUUCAACUUUCAUGGACCGCCCCUGGCAAGGUCCUCGAUAAAGGAAAAGCUGACAGAUACAUUAUAAGAACAAGUAAGGAUUUUCUGGACCUCAAAGAAGAUUUUGAUAAUGCUGCUUUAAUAAAUAGUUCUGGUCUGAUACCUAAGGCAGCUGGCUCAAGAGAGAAUUUUGAAUUUAAACCAGAACCUUCUAAAAGAGAAAAUGGCACCAAAUUCUAUAUUGCAAUUCAAGCCAUCGGUGAAGACAAUCUCACCUCAGAGGUUUCUAACAUUGCACUAGCAACUAAGUUUAUUCCUCCACAGAAACCCAGUGUGCCUGCUCUGGGUACCAAUAUUUCUGCAAUCAGUUUAGCAGUUUUGGGAUUAGCUGUUAUUUUAUCUAUAUUUUAA